CAGCUUUGGCAGCAGCUCCGGUUUUACCUCUUUGCUUUCUUUAUUCCACCCUGCCUCCCCGUUUCUUUCUCCGUUUAAUACGCCUUUAGCCUGCCGUGUGCUUAUUUAUUAAUGCAUCCUGUUUGAAAGUGUUUAGUUUGUUUUAAUUUCUGUUUUAAACAUUUUUUCCCCUCUUAGUCGUUCCUCAAAUGAGAAGACGUAAAAGAUGGAGCUUCACAUUUUAGAGCACAGCUUGAAAGUGGCGAGUAUAGAGAAAGAGGGGAUCCAGAUUUGCACUCACGGAUUAAUAAAACUCGCCUUCCUGGCCUCCAAAACAAGAUGCAAGUUUUUCAGUUUGACGGAGACUCCGGAGGACUAUACCAUUAUCGUUGAUGAGGAAGGCUUUAAAGAGCUGCCUCAGUCGGAACACAUCAGUGUUGCCGACGCCACAUGGUUGGCCCUGAACGUGGUGUCGGGUGGCGGCAACGCUUCCAGCUCGCAGCCCAUCGGAGUCACCAAAAUCGCUAAAUCAGUCAUCGCACCGCUGGCCGACCACAACAUCUCUGUUUUCAUGCUGUCGACGUAUCAGACGGACUUCAUCCUGGUUCGAGAGCGAGACCUGCCCAUGGUCAUGCACACGCUGUCUUCCGAAUUCACUUUACUUCGAGUGGUCAACGGAGAGACUGUUGCUGCUCACAAUCUGGGAGUCACCAAUGGCUUCGUGAAGCCAAAACUCGUGCCCCGUCCCAUCAUUCACCCCUUAUCUAGUCCCAGCAACAUGUUCUGUGUAACCAGCCUGGACCCAGACACUCUACCCUCUGUAGCCACCCUGCUCAUGGACGUCAUGUUUUACUCUGGAGGGCAAAAAGAGCCUGGAGCAUCCAGCGAAGACUCCAGCCACAUCCGCUUCUUCUCCUUCUCCCUGAUUGAGGGCUACAUCUCCCUGGUCAUGGACGAACAGACAACUCAAAGGUUUCCAAACAAUGUCCUCUUCACCAGUGCUUCUGGGGAGCUUUGGAAAAUGGUUCGAAUCGGCGGACAGCCUUUAGGAUUUGAUGAGUGUGGCAUCGUGGCUCAAAUAUCAGAACCCCUGGCAACAGCUGACAUUCCAGCUUACUACAUUAGUACCUUCAAGUUCGACCACGCCCUGGUUCCUGAAGAAAACAUUCAGAGUGUGAUCGGCGCUCUGCGGCCCGAGAGCACGGCACAGUGAAGGAAGCUGGUGGAAAAAAGAAAACGUGACAACGACCAUUUUCAAAGUUAUUUCGUUUAAACGUUUAUCAUGUCCAAAAAGUGCCAAGAGCUCGUUAUAGCGGCCUGGUGUGGAUCAGCUCUGAGGAAGGAGGGAGGAGGGAGGAGUGUAUCUACCAGCUUUAGGGAUGCCUUUGUUACUCGGUCAUUUUGUUCAGCCUCUCUCCUCCCUCGACUAACCUGCUCUGGUAGUUUUUUCACUUUAGUUUACCAAACUGUUUCUUUUUCCUCUCUAAAGCUGCUUCUUCCCACUCCCUGACCCUCACGAGCACCAUACUGUAUUAGUUACAUAAUUCCUCUCAUGGAAGGAUGACGAAUGUACUCUCAAAAAACAAAAGAAAUAUUAUAUAUAUUUAUCAAGCUACUCCAUUUCUUUCUCUUUUUUUUUUUUUUUUUUUGGAUGGAUGUUUCUCUACAGGUCAUUUUUCUCAGUGCCAAGAUGUUUGAAUGCCUAAACCGAUGCCUUUGUCAAAAUACUAUAAAUGUGUGCAAUUGAAGGAGACAAUUUUGGAGACGGCCAGCGACAAGCGGCUGGUUUGAGUAAUACGGUGUGUCAUUUUUAUUUUCUUUCUUUCUUUUUUUUUUUUUUUUUUUUUGCUUUUAGAAGCUGUUAAACUUGUUUUAAUUACAUCCGAUUGUUGGAGUUCCUCAAACUUAGAAGUUAAAAUCAAACGCUUGGUCUGGUGAAACAUGAAGAAUCCAAGAUCUGCUUUAUUUAGUGCUUUUUGAUGAGUUUUGUGCAUUCACAAAACUGUGAGCAACCUGAUCGACGGGUCAACCACAUUUGGCAGAUUAUUGAUCAAGUUGUGGAACUCCAAAGAUUAACCAGAAAGUUUUUCAUGCGCUAUCAGGCACUAUUUAUGUAGCAUUAAUAACUGAUUCUACUCUGGGGAGCCGAGUUGACAAAUUGAAUAUUUAAUCCAGACAAAAUUAAUUAUAUUGAUAUGCUUUUAAAGUAAAUUAAACAUCUAGUUGUUGCUUCUUGAAAUGGAAAUAUAUGGCUCAGUUCUACACUGCAAAUUGAGUCAAUGCACUAAAAGGAUCGGCGUGAAAUCUGGUGCAAACAUUCUUGGUUCCCAGAGGAUGUAUCAUUAAUAACUUUAGUGAUUCCCUCACUUUUUACCUAGGUCAAAAAUUUAGCUGUUUUGCAUUGGAAACCAAAUUUUAUAAGACUUGCACAUCAGCUGCCAUUUUCAGCACACUAGCAUAGCAACACGGCUAAACUUUAGCAUGUUAGUAUGACAGCUACUAAAUGUCACACAUUUACUUUUUUCCAAUUUUACAGUUUUAAGUCCUUCAAAAUUACUUAAACGUCCUUACAGAGACACAAACGUGGACUUUUUUUCUUUACAUUACAUGGAUUAAUCUAAAAAUAGAGAAAAUUUAAAAGCUAAAAUCAACAUGCUCUUUGAAAAUUCCAAAAAAUUCAGUUAAAAAUGUACCAUUUAGUUAGAAUUGUUGAUUUAUUGAGUAUUUAUCAGGGUAAUAUUUUAAAAAGUAAUUGGUUUAACUUGGUAUUUUAUAUGGGCAAUGCAUUAAAAGUCUACAUUGAUCUAAUGAAUAAUGAAAACAACCAAAAACUUGACUAUUACAAUCAUAUCAAAACAUCAAUAUCAUGAUCCAUAAUGAUCAGAUCCAUAAUAGAUACAAUAUGAAAUGUUUAGAAAAAAGGAUCGAAUCUAUUUCGUCAUUCUUCAAUUCCAAUAGAUUUACCAGUAAAUUAACUGAUAAAAUAACCAAAAGUUGUAGUCCUACUUUUCAGAUUGAUAUAAUAAACUUUAGGAUCCAACUCACAGUGAUUCGGAAGAAGAUCCAACAUUAGUUGAGUUUUCCAUUAUAAUUCAGUAACUUUUUUUUUUUAAUAGCAGAGAUUUAGAAGAGAUAAUCAAUGUAUAUGUUUGUCUGUGCAUUUAGCUGGAGGUGAUUAGCGUAGCUUAGCUUAGCACAAACAGGGAAACGGGUAGCGUGGUUCUGUCUGUAGUUCAAAUAUGUACCUACCAACACUGUCAAACAUGACUAGUUAACACACUUUGUUUAAUCUGGGCACAAACCAAAUUGUAUCAUCUGUUUUUUGGGGGGGAAAUUUUUCUAAAUAUUUCUUGAUUCUUGCACCAAUUGUUUCCCACACUACAGACGGACAGUUCUGUCUGAUCUGAACACUCACACCGAUGUUGUUUUUCUCCUUACCUCUGAUGACUCGAUGAUCACGUUGCUCACAGUGUGAACCCGCUGCGACACCUGAUGACACAUGCAAUGAUGUAAACGUUUGCAUCGACGGAAGUAAUAAAUUACUGAGCCACUUUGACAAUGUGCUACAAUAAUGACAGUGCAAGUUGCUAAACAUAAGCUACGGUUCAUGCAGGGCGAGGAAGGUUUCCCUCCGAGUCCUGGUGUCCAUUUAGGUCCUGAAGCUGCCCCCCUCUCCUGCUCCAGUCUGCACUUUAAUGCAGGUUUCAGCCCACAGACCUGCUGUACUGAUGUGAAACCAGAGAGGGCUAUUUACUGUAGAAAGAUCCUGUCCCGACUGAGACAUUUCUGUUGGUCUUAAGCAUUGGUGAUACUGGUUUUUUUUUUCUUUCUUUGUCACCUUGCACCCAUCGCCGACCUCUCUUCUGAUCAUAUUUGAUUAAUAGAAAAUCCUGAAUUCAUCAGUGUUAAAACACGAGAAAGGCGACACGUCUUUCUGAUUCCAUUUCAAAGAAAAAAAGCUUUUCAUUUGGAGCUUUCUUGUGUGGGGGAGGAAAAAAAAUAAACAAGCUGUUGUUUUUUGAGCUUGUUGCGUGUUCAGUUUUCACCAAUGUGUCAUUUUUACUGUCUUUACUUACCAACGGGGAUUGUCUUCACACUGUUAUUUGCUCCCAAUGUGUACUUUAAUCAAUAAAGUGGUGACAUCUCUGCCCAA